AUGGCAGUUCCAGCUCCCAUACCCGAGGAGGAUGACCGCUCCAUGGAGCUGUCUUCCAUUGCCGCCAUCUAUCCCGAAAUCAGAAUUGACGAACGAUUUCCAUUCAGAGCGUCCCUAGAUAUACCUGUAGCGCCAUCGAUUCCUAUCCACGUACGAUUCGAGCUGGGCGGCUCUGAACCCUUUCAAGCCCCUAUGACACCGCCGACAUCGCUGGACACAAAUGGCACAGGAGGAAAAGAUGAUAUCUUCAAUACCAACAAUGCCAAUGUCGCCGAGAAUGUCCAUGACGACGUUCAUGCUAUCUCACAUUUACCGCCCUUGACACUCGACAUCGAGCUUCCUCUGGGAUACCCAUCAGAACAACCUCCGAUCUUCAAUAUUAGUACCAGCCCACAGUGGCUAUCACCAAAACAGUUGGCAUCGUUAAAAGAAGAUGGUAAACGUCUAUGGCUCGAAUCCGGAAAGGACAUGGUAGUCUAUACGUAUAUCGACCACAUACAACAAAUGACAGAUGAUGUUUUUGGAAUUGCGCGUCGCCAAGGCGACGAGAUCAAGCUUCCCCGCGGCCUGAAGAUUGCACUUCUUGAUUUCGACAUGAAGGCUAAAAGGGAGAAAUUUGAACAGGAGACAUUUGAGUGUGGCGUAUGCUUGGAGCCCAAGAAGGGGGCGAACUGCCACCGGAUGCUGCUUUGCUCUCACGUUUUCUGCGUUCCUUGCUUACAAGACUUUUAUAACACAUGUAUAACAGAAGGAGAUGUGGACAGCGUCAAGUGUAUGGCGCCGGAUUGUGGCAGAGACCCUAACCCGGCACAUUACCCUGUUCAGGAGCUUGAUGCUGCGGUUUCUCGUAAGAGGAGGAGAAGAAAGAAAGACCGACUUAUCAGUCCAAGUGAACUCCUUCAAAUCCCAUUGGAACAGGAAAUGGUACAGCGCUAUGUCUUUUUAAAACGAAAGAAGAAACUCGAGUCGGAUAAGACCACCGUAUAUUGCCCUCGCCAAUGGUGUCAAGGGGUUGCUCAAUCGAAGAAGCACCCGAAACCUGUAAAUCCCAUGGCGGACGAUUUUGACGAUUCUGCAGAUGAGGAUGAUGCUGUUGAAUUUGACCCUAUGGGUGAGGAGUCUCAGCUCCCACCGAUGGCGGACAGGGUAGCUGUUUGUGAGGAUUGUCUUUAUGCAUUCUGCUGUGUUUGUAAGAAGGGAUGGCACGGCGAAUUGGCAAGAUGCUCGCCAAGACGGGAAGCAGAACUCACAGCAGAAGAGAAAGCCACGGAGGAAUAUCUCAAAAUGUACACCACGCAGUGCCCCACGUGCAAAACGCCUUGUCAAAAGAAAAUGGGAUGCAACCACAUGAUUUGUUUUCAGUGCGGCACACAUUUCUGUUAUCUUUGCACAGCCUGGCUUGAGGAAGAUAAUCCUUACAAGCAUUUUAAUACUCUUGACAGCAGUUGCUACAAUCGCCUCUGGGACCUAGAAGGUGGUGAUGGCAUAGACCCAGAUGGCGCUGAAGAGUUACAUCGGCUGCCAGAGAAUGUGGCAGAUUUUGAGUCUGAACCUGAAUCCGAAGAUGAGACUCCUCAAGAUGACCCGCAUAAUGACCACGAUCAACCAGUCUGGGAAUUCAGUCCUGAUAACAGCGACAGCGACAGCGACGACGAAGAUGGUUUAGGCCGGCGCAGACCUCCACCUCCUGCCCCAGUGCCACCUAGAGUGAUACCUGUCGCCGGCAAUCCAGACGGCGAGCCGGGAUUCAACCCACGCGGCCUGGACGCCGCAGGAAGAGCUGUAGCCGCCGAGCGUCAAGCACAAGCUCUAGCAAUGGCCCAAAUCAGGGAUCGCCCAGGCGCAAGAGAAGCAUUCCCACGACCUCCCGCCCGGCCCGGCGCAGGACUACAGCCUCGCCGUCAACCCCCCGGCAAUCAAGCCGUGCGGCAAGAAGGCCUCCAACGAUUCCUAGAACUAGUCCAAAACGACCAAGAGGAUGAAUGGGAUAGCGAUGAGUUGAACGAAUGA